GAUUGACAUCCCCGCAUGACACAUACUCUGGCUGUGCAAUUAUGGCACCUACACGUAUGGGUCAGACUCCGCUGAUGGGUCGUCACCUCUUUCCAGAUUGAAAGAGGUGCAGCCGUCAGCUGCGAUCGCAAUCACGGUGGUGUACAACCAUCACAUAGACCUGGCAUCUAGCCUUGGUUGUGUAGACAGGCCAUACCAAACGAUCCGGCCCGAAGUUUCUCAGAUGCAAGAGUGGAAAGGCCAGUGCUCGAGACCUAGAUAUAAUUAGCCCUCCCAUCCCUUCCUUCCUGCUCAACAGACCAUCUCUUCUCGAUCGCAAGCCUCGCCAGAAGUCCCCAAGCAUACCCCGCCCACCAUGAAGUACCCCGUGCUUCUUUCUGCCAUCUACGGCCUCCUUCUAAGCCCUAUGGCAGCUUCUGCACCGACAGCCAAGCCAGCAUUCACACUUCGCGUCCGGGCGGAUGACCUCCGCGCUCUCCGCGCCAGAGCCAGCACCGAAGCCACGGCGCUGUAUGGGUACAUUGUCGCCGACACUGAGCUAGACAAGCGCGACGAGGAGGCGACGGCAUUGUAUGCGUAUAUUGCAGCCGACACUGAGCUAGACAAGCGCGACGAGGAGGCGACGGCGUUGUAUGCGUAUAUUGCGGCUGAUAGUGAGUUGAAAGACGAGUGAAGGCUCUCAGACCUGUCGGGAAAGCGCUGUAGCAGCAAGACACCAUGCUUAAGACUGGUCCAUCUGGAAAAGAGCCAUCGCUACAAUCUUCACGUCUCGCCUAAGAGAUAAUGUGGCAUGCAGUCACUGUUCCACUUCAGAUCCACUAUUACCAUAAGACCUCCCUCGUAACGAUUGAACCGGGCAAGGCCUAUUAAUACUUAUAAACGAGAUACUGCGAUAUCGCUUCAGUAUAUUUUUAAGCAGACACGUGACUCUGGGUAGAUCUAUAGACCUGGCUCCAAGGAUCUGCCUAGAAAUGGACCUAUUUAGGUAAUUCCAGCAUUGUUCGAAC